CGUUCCCUUCCCCUAACCACCACCUCCAUCUCACCUGACAGAUAUCAACAAUGGCUUGGACUGACAGGCUGUUCCUCAAGCUCACUAAUAUCCUCGCAACCCUCCUCUUCUUGGGAUCGAACAUCUUCGCCGUUGCAGGUCCAGAGCCAGGAUAUGGAUCGGGAAAGGAGACCUACAUCACCCCCGAGUGGUUUGCGUUCUACAUCUGGACGAUCAUCCACUUCUUGCUUCUCUGUGCCAUGAUCUACCAGUUCUGGGAUGCCGGCAAGCGUGUAAUCAUCGACGGCAUCUCCUGGCGUUACCCCCUCCUCGCUGUCCUCACUGCCGUUUACGUCGCGGUCUGGCAACGCCAUUAUUACAUCGUCGCCUUCAUCUUUGCUCUCCUAGUCGGCUCAACUGUCUCGCACAUCUACUAUAUCGUCAAGAAAAAUCAUCGUGCUGAGAAUCUGGCUGAUGAGUUCUUGGUGCAUCUUCCUUUCUCCCUCUACCAUGGCUGGACCACGGUCCUUGUCCUCCUCACUGGCUUCGAGGCGUUCGGCGUGAACGCCCUUGACCACAAGGCCGGCAUUUGGACCAAGGUCUUCGUCUUCCUUGCCCUCCUCUUCCUUGAGGCCACCAGCGGCGCCUACGCGUUCUCCAGCCCCCAGGGUGAUAUCGCCGCCUCCAUCGCAAUCUCCUGGUCACUGCUGGCUAUCUUCAUCCACCAGCGCUCUUCGGCUUUCAUUCACUGGUCGGCCCUUGCGUUUUUCAUCCUCUCCCUGUUCGCCAUCCUCAAGUCAUUUUGGGGCUACUGGAUCAGCUACCGCUCCUCAGGCUCCGUCCUGCACGACGAGGAGAGUGCACCGCUCGUGCCAGAGGCGUAAAUCCUCUAGCCUCACACCUCUACUGGCACACCGCCUUGCUUGCAUACUUGCUUACGACCAGUUUGACGGAUAUCCCGCUUUCUUCUUCAUAUCAUGACCGCACAUCAUGUUAAGUAAUCGAUGUUGCAUUAGUUGAGGCUGGAUUCAUUACCAAUGAUAUAUUAUUGUUCCC